AUGACGGGUAGUGUUCCAGUGCGACGAGUAGCCAUCGUUGGCGCUGGGCCAGCGGGUGCCAUUGCAAUUGAUGCUCUAGCUCAGGAGAAGGCUUUCGAUAUCAUUCGCGUGUUUGAGCGUCGGGAGCGCGCUGGAGGAUGUUGGAUAGAUGAUGCAUCGCGACCUCCUACGUUGUCCAACUUCGCUGCUUUAGCCAGUCGUAAUGCAGAUACUCCAUUGGCUAUUCCGAAGAGUCUUCCAGCUCAAACACAGAUAUCAAGCCAGCCUCGCUUCUCAGAGUCAUCGGUCUAUCCGUACCUUGAAACUAACAUUGACCAUCUACCCAUGGAGUUCAGUCAAGAACCAAUACCAGAGGAACGUAGCCAGCUCUCAAUAUCUAAUCACGGACCGGAUACUCCAUUUAGAAAGUGGGAUGUUAUUCAGAGAUACAUUCAGAGCCUUGUUGAUAGACGAAGCUAUAGUGAUCUCGUCUCUUACAACACCACGGUGGAAAAGGUAGAAAAGAUUGGCACUGAAUGGAAAGUUAUAUUGCGCAAAAGUGGAGAACGAAGCGAUUACUGGUGGGUAGAAUGGUUUGACGCCGUUGUCGUCGCGAGCGGGCAUUUCUGGGUGCCCUAUGUUCCUCCAAUAGAAGGAUUAGAGGCAUUCGAGAAGGCAAGGCCAGGGAGCAUAAUCCACAGUAAACACUUCCGUGGCCGCGAGCCAUUCACAGGCAAGCGCGUUGUUGUCGUGGGAGCAUCAGUCUCCGGAGCUGACAUCGCCUUCGAUCUCGUUAAUACAGCUCAAACUCCAGUCCACGCCAUCACGAUUGGACAUACAAUUAACGGAUACUUUGGAGGCGAAGCUUUUAAUCAUCCCAAAAUAAAGAACCAUCCCUCAAUUGCACGAGUUGAAGGGAGAACUGUUUACUUGGUGGAUGGAAACUCGAUUGCCAACGUCGACUACAUCAUAUUCAGCACAGGCUACAGCUGGUCUAUGCCCUUCCUUCCCGAUGUCCCGGUCCGCAAUAAUAGAGUGCCAGAUCUAUACCAACAUGUGGUUUGGCAGAAUGACCCGACUUUGCUUUUCGUUGGAGCCGUCGCAGCCGGUUUGACAUUUAAAGUAUUCGAAUGGCAAGCGGUUCUAGCAGCACGACUUCUCGCAGGUCGAGCUACGUUGCCGCCGGUUGAGGAGAUGCGAAGAUGGGAAACUGAAAGGAUCAAAGUGCGUGGAGACAGUGUGAAAUUCACGCUGAUAUUUCCGGAUUUCGAAGACUAUUUUGAAACAAUUAGAGGGUUGGCAGGGGAAGGAGAAGAAGGGAAAGGACGCAAACUUCCAAAGUUUCAGAGAGAGUGGGUGAGAGCAUUUCUUGAUGGACAUGAGAGGCGUAAAGCGAUGUGGAAGAGACUAAAUGAAAAGGCCCGGAAUGAAUUGAGUGCUACUAAAGAAGUCAAAUUCGACAAAGCUAGGCUGUAA